AACAGCUCGCAAGGGGGGGCAACCCUUUCAAGAGUCUCAAAAACAACCAACGUGAUCUGACGAAAGAAUCCGUGUGACACGUCACGUUUCGCGAACAGAGGGGCUGUGCGCGGGAACAGGGUUUCCUUUACGGUCACAGCAAUCAUGGCCCAGAUCUCCUUCCCUUCCCAGCUCAAAAGGCUCACAGAAAGACACCCAAAGCCCGCGAAUUACAGGUUCUCAUAUGGGACGGCGGGGUUUCGCACAAAUGGAAGUCUUCUGGAUUCCGUCCUAUUUCGUGUCGGCGUGCUUGCUGGUCUGAGGAGCAAGCGUCUAGAAGGCAAGACGGUCGGUAUUAUGAUCACGGCUUCCCACAACCCCGAGGAGGACAACGGUGUCAAGAUAGUGGAUCCUUACGGAGAAAUGCUUGAAGCGGAUUGGGAAAUAUAUGCCACUGCGCUUGCUAAUGCUCCAAACACGGAAAUGUUUAUCGGGUUUCUUGACACAAUCGUGUGUGAUCAGAAAAUUGAUCUUUUUCAGGCGUCAAAAGUCGUAUAUGCGCGUGAUACGAGGCCUUCCGGGCUCCUGCUCGUAAAUGCGCUCAGGGAUGGCUUGGACGCGAUUGGUGCGAUUGGUCGUGACGAAGGCAUCUGCACAACUCCGAUUCUCCAUUAUAUUGUUCGUUGUAUCAACACUGCAGGCACCAGGGAGAACUACGGAGAAGCUUCCGCCGAAGGGUAUUACAAAAAACUGAGCGAUGCGUAUCGUGUUCUUGUUGAACAUCAACCCACGCCGCCAAAAUUAGUAGUUGACUGUGCGAAUGGCGUUGGAGCCCUCGCACUUCAACAGUUGGCGCAGCAUCUUUUCCCUAUACUUGAAUUCUCCUCGGUCAACACUGACACAGAAAAUUCUUCGCUCCUCAAUCAUGAUUGCGGUGCAGAUUAUGUGAAGACCCGUCAAAUAUGGGCGCCGAAUGUGGGAAAUCUGAUUGCUGAUGGCGAGCGCGGUUGUGCGUUGGAUGGCGAUGCCGAUCGACUAGUGUAUUUCUAUCGCGAUCGCGGGCACUUCCGCUUGCUGGAUGGAGACAAGAUCGCGGCACUAGCAUCCAUUUUCAUAACUCAACUUAUUGAACAAUCUGGCUUGGAUACCGAAAAAAUCUACGUUGGAGUGGUGCAAACUGCCUAUGCAAACGGAAGUUCUACCAAGUUUUACGAGACUCGUAAACUCGCCCUAGAGUGCGUUCCAACGGGUGUAAAACACCUCCAUCAUGUGGCAGAGCGUUUCCCAAUCGGCAUCUAUUUUGAGGCGAACGGUCAUGGAACUGUUUUAUUCUCUCAGCCAGUCUUGGAUGCCAUAUACGAGCGCGAACCCAUUAGCCCAACUCAGGCAGCCGCUCUUCGUUACCUCAAAGCACUUGCCAACAUGAUCAACCAGGCUGUCGGAGAUGCGCUUUCCGAUAUGCUUAUGGUGGAGGCCAUUCUCGCCCACAUGAAAUUCGGCCCUGUGGAGUGGGACUCGCUAUAUCUCGAACUACCCAACCGACUCGUCAAAAUAAUUGUUCCAGAUCGUUCAAUUUUCCGUACAGAAGAUGCCGAGCGCAGACUCGUUUCACCCUCAGAACUGCAGGAGCGAAUGGAUGACAUCACAUUCCAAUAUCCCCAAGGCAGAGCGUUCGUUAGGCCUAGCGGCACUGAGGAUUGUGUUAGGUUAUAUGCUGAGUCUACCCACCGCUACCAAACAGAUGAAAUGGCGUACAGGCUCGCUGGGCUUAUAUAUGAUGAGGUGGGCGGCGACCCUGCUACAAGACCUCCCGAGUUCUUGUGA